AUGCGAAGCUGCCACGACGCUCACUCGGCACUCGGUGGUGACCAUAACCACGGCCAUAACCACGGCCAUGAUCACGACCACGACGAGGAAGCAAAAGACGCCAAUGGUGACUCUUUAUACCCUUACAUUGAUACCAGCAAGUUACGCGUUCUCAAUGCGCUGGAUCCGCUGGCUGCUGCAAACCCGUUCAAACCAUUCCACGAACGUCAAGAUCGGUCGCGCUUUUUAGCCAGUAACGACAGCGAUCCGGAGAUGAUUCUCUAUAUUCCCUUUACAGAGGCUGUUAGUAUCAAGUCCAUUUGUAUCUCAGGCUGUGUGGGUGACGGGACGCAUCCUAAUGCAGUCAAACUGUUCACGAAUCGAGAAGACAUUGACUUUUCCAAUGCAAAUGAGCUGCCGGCACAACAGCGAUUGGACCUGGUAGAGGAUGACUUGGCUAGUAUCGACUAUCCGCUCCAGGUGCGCAAGUUUCAAGGUGUCAGCAACGUGACGCUCUAUAUUGAGGGCAGUUACGGAGGAGAUGAAACGAAGAUCUAUUAUAUUGGGCUCAAAGGUGAAAGCAAAAAGUGGCGUCACGGCGUGGUUGAGUGCGUUUACGAAGCCCGUCCACAACCAGCUGAUCACAAGAUCAAGGACACGACUGGACCGACGUCGCUCAUUUAA